AUGUGCCACACUGGGCUGCUUGGACUUGGUGCUGCUGCUAACUCCGCCGCUGCUGCUGCCGUAGCUGCUGCUGCUAUUGCUACUGCUCCUCUUGCUGCUGCUGCUGCUGCUUUGUGCUGCAGCUCGGCCUUGGUUUCUGCGUCUCUGGAGCCCCAAGUUGUGCAGCAGCUGUGCAAGUCUUUGCCGCACGAUCUGCUCAAUGACUUCCCGCCUUCUUUGCUGCUGCUGCUGCACGAGCAGCACCAGCAGCAGCAACAGCAACAGCAGCAGCAGCAGCAGCGUGAAACGGAGCAGACAUCGCUGCUGCUGGCCCUAGCUGCAGCACUAGAGCAGCGUUGCAAAACUAGAGGCACUUUUGCUGGCACAGCGGACACAGCAGCAGCACAGGCAGCAGCAGCAGCGACGGCAGCAGCAGCAACAACGGCAGCAGCAGCAGCCUCGGAGUUCGCCUUGGCUGCUUUGGAAGCCCAAAUUAAAAUCCUACACAAACUGAGAGAGGCCCUGCUGGAGCCGCUGGCAGGCUCUUUGGAGCUUGUGGGGUUUCGUGCUGCUGCAGCAAAUCAGUUCGCGCUGCAUGCGCUUGCGCUGCUGCGUCGCAGCUGCAGCAGCACCUGGAUGCCGCCGCUGCAGCAGCAGCAGGUGCAGCUGCUGCAGCAAAAGCUGCGCAAGGCUUCCUGCAGCUGCCGGUGUCUCAGCGUUGCUGCUGGCCCCCGCAGCCUCCUUGCCCCAGUUCUUUCUGCUGCGCUGCAGCAGCACGUGCUGCUGCUGCACCCCCAAGUGAUGCCGCUGGUAUCCAGCCUCACAGCUGCUGCAGCAGACGUUGCGGCACUGCUGCACUGCAGCAGCAGCAGCAGCAGCAGCAGUUCCAGUCCUGCUGAUUGGUGCCCCCUGUCUCAAGAGCAGCUGGUGCACGUCGGUCGUCAGUUGCGGGCAGCAGCAACACACUUGUUUCCCUCCGAAUGCUUUCAGCAGCUGCAGCUGCAGCAGCUGCAGCAGCAGCAGCAGCAGCAGCAGCAGGAGUCUUCCCUAGAGGCCCUGCUGCGCGGGGCUCCCCACACGGAGUCCUUUUCUGUUAAAUUCAUUUGCCCGCAGCUCAUCGGCCGCCCACUUACUGGCCACCAAGACGGCCUGGAAGGGCUGCUGCUGCAGCUGCUUUUGCGCACUUCUCUUCCUCUGAGCCGUCCCCUUUCGCUGCCGCUGCUGCUGGAUGCCUGCGGCUUGCAGCUACCGCUGCAGCAAGGGCAGCAGCAACAGGAGCAGCAGCUGCUGCUAUCUCCCGUCCAGCAGCAGCAUCUGCACCAGGGUCCCCUACUUGCUGCAGCUGCUGCUGCUCUCGCAGAUGGCCUCUAUAUGGCUGCCUCUCUCGCGUUUGUCAAGAGCACUGCUGCUGCUGCUGCUGCUGCUUCGCCGUGCGCCCGUGGUGCGUCUCGCGCCCCCAGCAGCAGCAACGGGAGCAGCAGCAGCAGCAGCAGCAGCAGCGGCAACAGUGGCGUGUGUAUAUUUAGGAAAGUUGCUGACUUUUUUGGGUGCCGCCAAACUCGCAGCAGCAACCCAGAAGGCGUUGCUGCUGACGUACUGCAGCUGCUGCUGUUGGAGAGACUGGAGGGAGACGCUGCAGCGCCCGGCAGCAGCAGCAGCAGCAACGGCAGUAGCAGCAACAGCAGCAACAGCAGCAGGAGCAGCAACGACACGGGAGGCACCCAGCACCUAAGAACUGCCUUGCUUCGCCUCAUCGAGCACACCGCGGCUGAAGCUGCAGCAGCAUCAGCAGCAGCAGCAGCAGCAGCAGGAACGGCAGCUAAGAAACUGUGCAGCUCUGGCUGCAGCCGCUGCCGAGCGUCGGACCACAUCUUUGCUGCCUUGCUGUUGCUGUCGUGCCCGCAGCAGUGGGUUUGUGACAGAGUUUGCUUCCUUGCAUGCAGCAGCGUGACCACUGGUCACUCUCUGCUGCUGCAGCCUGACUGUCUUCUGGAGGCUGUCUCGCUGGUUGGUGAGGCCCCGAGCCGCUUCGUCCGCAGCGCAGCCACGCAUCUGCUGCUGCUGCUGCAGCAGCAGCAGCAGCAACAGGUGCGGCUGGGGCUGCAGCAGCAGCAGGAGCAGCAGCGGGACACGCAGCUGCUCCUGCGCGCCUGCGCCUGCCUAAUCGACAUGUACGAUCCCUGCCUGCUGGAGGAGUGCAGCAGGACGCUGCAGCAGCAGCAGCAGCAGCCAGGGCCGCAUUUCCUGCUGCAGCAGCUGCCCGUCUACCGCAUGCUGCUGCUGCAGCGGCUGUUCUCCGUGUCUGCGCAACAGCGGCAAAACGCAGGAGCAGCACUGAAGCUGCUGCUGCAGCUGCCGCCCCCGCUGGGGCCGGACCCCGUGGGGGCGGCGCUGCAGCUGUGGUCGGAGAGCAAGCGGCAGCAGCAGCAGCAGCAGCAGCAAGUGCAAGGGCUGCUUUGGGAAGAAGCAGAAGCUUCCGUCCUUUGUGCUGCUGCUGCUAAUCCGCGGCUUUCUGCUGCUACCCGCGCAGAGUCGCUGCGGACUUUUGAGGUGUACGUACACUCCACUGCCCAAGAAGCCAGGCCCUUCCUCCGCAGCCUUUGCUGCUCUUUGCUGACGUUGCUGCUGCAGCAGCCGCCGGAAGCAGACAGUCCUGCUGCUGCAGCUGCUGCUGUUUCUGCUGCUGCUGCUGCGGCCGCGGCCCUGCCAGAGGUCGCCACUGCAGCCUGGGACGACCAGGAGCAGCCCUUGCUUUUCUCGCUGCUGCAGUUCCUGCGCGUUGCAGCGCAGCAGCAGCAGCAGCAGCAGCACGAUGCGCUCGUGACGGCUGCUGCUCGCGUGUUGGCGCUGCCGCUGCUGCUGCUGCCUCCGGGUGACCCGCUGCUGCACUACGUGAUUGAGGUGUACAGACAGCUGCUGGGGGACUUGCUGCUGCAGCACUGCUUCGCCUUGGAAGCUUCUGUGUCUCUUUCAUCCUUGCAGCUUUUGGCGCUGCUGCUGUUUCACCCGCAGCAGUCUUUGCUGCUUCACCACCGGGUGUGCCCCCUGGGGCCCUCGCUGGAGGCCCUGCUGCAGCAGCCUCAGCAGCAGCCACGGCUGCUGCUGCCUUCUUGGCUGCGGCUGCGCGUAGAGCUGCCCCUAGACACGGACACUAUUUGCUGCUGCACUGCAGCACAAGCUAGCUGGGCUAGCCGCAGCCAGGACGCGGCCUUCUUGGUGGCUAGCCAGCUAGCUAGCGACGCCUCGGCCCUUGACGCAGCAGUUGCAGCAGCAGCAGCAGUUUCUGCUGCUGCUCCCACAAGGCCUGCUGCUGACUCGCAGCUGCUGCUGCAGGGCAGCGAUGGAAGCAGCAGCAGCAACAGCGCUUUGCCCACGGGCGGGUCCUCAGACAGUGCUGCUGCAGCGCCACCAGCGCCAGGAGCAGCAGCCGCAGCAGCCACGGAAGCAGCAGCAGCAGCGCCUUGCUGCAAGGCGUGCUUCUGCUGCUCUGAGGCAGCUCAGGUCGGGCCUUUGCUGCUGCUAGAGGCGCCGCUUGGCAGCAAAAAUAUCCUUCGUGCUGCUGCUGCUGAGUUGUCUUUAACAAGAAAAACGGCGCAGCAACUGCUGCUGCCUUCACACCCCGCGCUGAAGAGGCUGCUGGAGGUUUUGUCCCACCCGCCGCUGCUGCGCGAGGCCUCCCCGCUGCAGCAGCAGCAGCAGCAGCAGUUGCUGCUGCAGCAAUCGCUAGGUGACGGUUCCGUUCUUCCUACUGCUGCUGCUCUUUCAACUGCUGAUGGCGCCCCUGCUGCUGCUGCUGCUGCUGCUGGCAGCAGCCCCCACUCUGACGCUGCCACGUACGCAGAGGCGCUGCAGUACUGCAGGAAGAUCUGUGCAGCACUGCAGCAACCUGUGGAACCUGCUGCUGCUGCGGUCUGCUGCCUCAGCAGGAGAGGGCUUGCAGCAGCAGCAGCAACAGCCAAAUGCUGCUGCUGCUCGCUCUCCACUGCUGCUGCCAAGGGCCUCCGCGCUAUGGCCCUCGCAGCCAAAAGGUACACAUAUCCAUUUCUGCAGCAGCUUGCGCAGCAGGUGGCUGAGGCCAUGCUGGAGGCCGAGGAGCAAGCAGCAGCAGCAGCAGCAGCAGCAGCACCAAACAUGGAGGAGUUAGGGCUGCAUCAACCCAACUCGGGUGGCGCUGCUGUGGCGUGCAGCGGCGACGUUGACUUGCUGCUACUGGGCACGCAGCUGCUAGCGGAGCUGCUGCCUUUCGCAGCAGUUGCUGCGGCUCCUCCAGGCCCAUUCCACAGCAGCAGCAGCAGCAGCAGCAGCAGCAGCAGCAGUUCAGGAGACUGCUGCAGCAGAUGGAUGACGCUCCCAAACGUCUCUCAGUUUUGCGGCAGCCUACUUGGGGUGUCUGCGCAGCUCCCGCUCUUGCGCCGGGCGGCGCUGCAGUUUGCUGCUGUCGUUCUGCAGCACUCGCUGCCCCCACGCUCCUGCAGCAGCAGCGGCAGCAGCAGCAGCAGCAGCAGCAAAGUGUGCCUUGCAAGGUCGGCGGCCGAUGCGCCGUGGGUUCUGGAUCCUGCGAUCGCGUCGGGCGGCAGCAGCAGCAGCAGCAGUGUCCUGCUGCAGCUGCAACUGCAGCAGCUGCUGCAGCAGCACUCGCGCUUAGCAGCAGAAGAUGAGAGCUCGGUGCAGGAGCAGCAGCCAGUAACUCAGGCCUUGGUGGCACUGCGGGUUUGUGCCCUCCACAAUUCUAUUGCUGCUGUUGCUGCUGCUGCGCAGGCAGCAGAGGAAUGGCAGGAGCUGGCAGCAGCAGGGGCUGCAGCUCUCAUGCAGGACCCCCGCUAUUACGCGCAGCACUACCAGCAGCAGCAGCAGCAGCAGCAGCUGCUGCUGCUCGAAAGCCAGGUGACCCUUCUCCUCACCUUCUUGGGCAAAGCAGCCCCAAGCGUUCGUGUGGCUGCCUGGCGUUGCCUGCGGGGCUGUCUCGUUGCUGCCUCGGCUCUGCUGCAGCAGCUACAGCAGCAGCAGCAGCAGCAGCAGCCGGACUUGCUACUGCGUCUGUACAGCUGGGUCUGCCCUGCAAUCUGCCAGCGCCUGCUCGAGAGAGAGGGGCUCCUCCCUGGGGGGUUUUGCUGCUGCUGCUGCUCCAGCAGCACGGAGGUGGCGGAGGCGCUGCAGUGUCUGUCCACUUUGCGCUGUUGCAGCAGACGCAGCAGCAGCAGCAGCAGCAAUGACGGCGGCGACAGCUGCGCAACAGAAGCAGGAGGAGGCUGUGCCACUUCUGCUGCUGCCGCUGCUGCAGCGCUCGAUGAGUGGGUCGCAAGUGAGUCGUUUGUACAUCGCGCCUUCGCCGCUUUUCUUAACUGCUGCAGCAGAAGCAGCAACAGCUGCAGCAACAGCAGCAGCAACAGCAGCAAGCUUGACUCAGCGGCCCAUGAAACUGCGUUGAAAGGCCUGACUGCAUCUCUGGAGCUGCUUUGUUGCUCCGCCCAAACGCAUGCGGCGCCGUUGCUGUUGCUUCUGCAACAAGAACAGCAGCAGCAGCAGCAACAGCAGAAAGAUCAGGCUGCGCUCCUAGCUGCUGCUGCGCAGCGCAACUGGGGCAGCAGCAGCAGCACCGGCAGUAGCGGCAGCAGCAUUUUGAGCAGCAUUGUGGCUGCAGUUUAUCCUCGGCCUAAUCCUUUGCUGCAGCUCCCGCCGCAUGCAGCAGCAGCAGACUCGGGCUUCGUUGGUGCUGCUGCUGCUGCUGUUGCAGCUGUGGGCACUUCAGAAGCGCCUGCUGCUUUUGCUGCUGCGUUGCAGGCAGCAGCAGCAGCAGAGGAUGCAGCAGAUCUCAAAGAGGUCACGAAAUGCUGCAGGGCUUUGCGGCUCCUGCUGACCCUCAUGGAGGGAGCUGAUGCUGUCGCGCUUUGCAUAUGCAGAAGCAGUCCCCAAGCUGCUGCUGCUGCUGCUGCUGCUGCGCCC